AUGCCAUCUCCCACCGGCGCUGACGCCCACGCCCACACCCACGCCCACGCCCCCACACCGCAAGACUCGUCGCAUUCGCAAAACGGCGCGUCCCUCCAGAACGGCGCGGUCCAGCAGCCCACCAAUGCUUCCUCUGCCGCCUCGAGCUUCGAUGCGCCGGGCGACAACAACGCGAUCCGCGACGGCAAGCAAAAGGCAAAGGCAGUCCUCGCUGCCUCGGGCCUGAACAUGGAAUCCCCUACCGCAGACGCCGCCAAUGGCGCGUCACGCAAGCGCUCGCAUUCGGGCUCGCGCAAGCCCUCGGCCGCCGCCCACGAGCUCACCGACGGGCAGAAGACGCGGCAGACGGCGCUGCUCAAUCGCUACAUCGCCCGCGAUCUGCUGGACAGCGUCAACAAGUACGAGCGCAGCAAGUACUCCGAGCAGGUCUACGGCGAACUGAACGACCUCCGUGACUUCUACCGCGAAGAAGUCUUCCCAGUGCGCCGACAGCACCCCGGCGCCAUCUUUGGAUACGGCUACGGUGGCUACGGCAAUGGCAUCACCGACACGCAGACAAAUCCCAGGGACCCACGCUCCCAGCUGCCACAGCUUCUGUAUCCCAACCAGGCCAAGCGCGCCGGCCGACGUGCGGCGCCGCAGUUGAAAGUGGACCGGGAGAAGGGCACGCAACAGGCCGAACAGGUCGAGGAACUGGUUCCAGUGCGCCUGGACAUUGAGUUGGACAGACUGAAGCUGCGGGACACGUUCACGUGGAACCUGCAUGAUCGCGUCACAGACCCUCUGCUGGUCGCACGGACGCUCGUCGAAGACUUCCAAAUCCCCCCCGAGCUGCACCAGAGCGUAAUACACCAGGUCGAUCGCGAAAUCCGCGAACAGAUCCAGGAUUACUACCCGCAUGCCUUCUUCGACGACGAACCUCUCGACCCCCAACAAUCGUACUCGGCAUACAAGAACGACGAGAUGCGCAUAUUGAUCAAGCUGAACAUCACAAUCGGACAGCAUACGCUCGUGGACCAGUUUGAGUGGGAGAUUAACAACGUGUUGAAUUCGCCAGAGGCUUUUGCAAGACAGAUGGCUGCCGAUCUUUCACUCAGUGGAGAAUUCAUAACAGCAAUCGCGCACUCGAUCCGAGAGCAGUGCCAGAUGUUCACAAAGAGUCUGUAUAUCACCGGCCAUCCUUUUGACGGACGGCCAGUGGAAGACGUAGACAUUCACGACAACUUCCUCGCGUCUCCGUUACCGUCGGUGUUCCGCCCUAUGCAAUCGACAAAGGACUUCCAGCCCUACUUGUAUGAGCUGAGCCAUGCUGAAUUGGAACGUGCAGAGUUAUCCAUCAUGCGCGAACAGCGACGACAGAAACGAUCAGUCAACCGACGCGGAGGGCCCGCCUUGCCGGAUCUCAAGGACCGCCAACGGACUGUUCGCACCUUGGUCGUCUCUUCUGUUCUUCCUGGCGCAGCUGAAACACUCGAGGAGAGCCACCUAUUCAAGGCAACGCGGAAAGCGAGAGAAGGCCGGAGGCGUGGUGUUGAAGAUGAUUCAGAUGACUCUGAUAGUGACGACUCAGUGAUGGAAUCACCGGCACCUGCGCAAAUCACUGGAGGGACUGCACGGACACGGGGCAUGCGCGGGGCCGCUGUAUCAGCACAAGCAGCGAUGAGGUCGGCCAUAGGGCGGUCGGCAACCCCAGAAAUCGCUCAGCUUCAACAAGAGACUCGCGAGGCGGCCCGCACGACAAGAUCGUUGAGGUACGAAGCACGAGAAGAGAGCGUACCGGAGCCCAUUACGCUUAUUGUCAAGCUUCGCAUAUCGUCUGCCAAGCUCAGAGAGUGGCAGAAAAAUCCUAGGGCAUUCGCGAAGCCUGCAUCCACUCCCAUGAUGGCACCUACAUCCUUACCGGCGCGAGGCACACCAGGCGCCAACUCCAUGCCCCCUCCCCCUUCUCCAGCCAUGGCAACAAGCUCAAAACCUUCCGAAGCAUCUCCCCGACCACCUUCCACACCUACACCUAAACCUCAACCGAAACAAUGGCAGUAUAAGCCCGAUGGGUCACUGGAGGCGCCAUGGCCAGCGCCCGCUCAGUCACAGACACCCCCAUCCCCACCAUGGCUGCAACAAGCCCUCCAAGACCUCCGCGACCGCAACCCUGAUCACAAAUUCGAGUCCACCAUGCGCUACGUUGUCAUGAACGAGGCGCACGAGAACCGCGAAACGGGCAAGAUCGAGUCCAAAGCCGUCAAACUCGACGGUCUAUUCCCCAGCGACCCCCUGCCGCCGAAUCACAAGUCUUACUACCUCCCAAGGAUACGCUGCCAGGACUGCCCAGGGAAGCUCUACAAUGCCGGGCCCGGACAAACGGUGACGAAUUUCGAACUGCAUCUCAAGAACAGGCAACACAUGAGCAACGUAUCGAGCAGAAUCGGACGACCGGUUUCUUAG